UUUGGUUCUUUUUUAAAAAAAAAUUGAUCCUAAGAACUCUAUCGAGAGAUUGUCACUAAUUGUGGCCUUAGGCUGCAACCAAAAUUUCUUCAUAGUUUUCCGUUUUUCUUUUUGUCAGCAUGUCUUCAUAGUUUUCUUUUUUUAUCUCUGUUCAGUAUUCUGCCUGAAAACCAGCAACUUUCUUCGUUUUUCUUCCCUGCUCAUGUUGUAACUUGUAUUGCUGGUUAUUAUCGCAGCUGUUACCAAAUAGGUGGUUACGAGCGAUAGUUUUCAGGUGGCAAGAGGUUUUAAAUCCUGCUAUUUUGUUUCCUUGCCUCAAUGUCAUGAAAAAGCCAGAAAUAGUUCCUACACGAAAUAGUUUGCCUUUUCUAGCGUAACAUAAAGGAAAAGAACAAGAAGGAAAAUGGGUAUAAGCAAAAAAAAGAGGGAUAAUUUCAGCGAAUCUGGCCCCAAGCAUGUCCCUCUUACCCCUAUUUGCUGGAACGACUCGCACCAAGUAACCGUAGUGCUAGCAUGUUUGGUAAAUGGAGUCUCCGCAAUGCAACGAGAUAACUCAAAGAAACGGAACCCACGACUAGCCAACUCCUGGUGGGAAUCCCUUGGUUUUUCUUUAUUCAAAACCUUGAUCAAUCCAGAUGACGGCUCCAUACACGGAGCCGUUUACAAGUACAACCACUACAACAGUGACCAGAAGAACCCGCUUUACGUGAUUGCCUUUCGCGGCGUGAUGCUAAGUUCAAAAACUUUUAAGUCAGAUAUUAAGCAAAUCUUUCGAUGCCCACUUAACAUCCUUGACAAGGGAAAAAGGUUUGCUAGUGCCAAACUAGCAAUCGAAAAUGUGCUGUCCUAUCCCAACGCCGAGACGGAAUCUGUCUGGCUCGCCGGACACUCUUUGGGAGCAGGCAUAGCGUUGUUGGCCGGGAAGAAAAUGGCGAGAUCUGGAUCACCCCUCAAGACUUAUGCAUUCAACCCGCCCCACUCGGAUCUUCUUGUAGAGCAACUAUUAGAUAACGAAAUGAUUAAAGUCAAGGCUAAGAUCUUCAGGAAUUUCAUCAGAACCUCCGCAGUCUCGCUCUUACAUCUCCAGAGUCAAGAAGACGAUCCAAGAACAAGAGCGUGGACACCUUACUUAUACGUGAACCCAGCAGAUCCAAUAUGUUUAGCAUACACUCAUGAUUUCAGACACAAAAGUGAGCCUACGAUCGGAGAAAGCAAACUUGAGAGUGACGCUGUUAAAAUCUCAGUUAGGAGUGAACUUUUUGGAAGACGACGAACACCAUCAUCACCGUCAGAUUUUCCAGGGGAACCUAUUCAACUUCUUUCAUCAGCAGAUAUGACGGUAAACAAGACGGCUAGUAUUAGGGAAGCUCAUAGGCUUAAGCAAUGGUGGGGGCCUGCAGACCCAGUGCUUAGGGAAUAUUGGGGAAUUCGCAGGAUUGGUUAAAAUGCAUUUAUACCUGUUAACAUGGAUCUUCGCCGUUUGGGAACUUUCUGCUUAUUUUACCUUGUUUCUUCUUGUUGUUUUUUACCACAUAUUUGAAUAUUUGUUGUCAAACCUCUUUGAAGUAAUUGUACUAUCUAUAUUAUUAAAAGAGAAGUACCCAAUAAAAAUACCCCUUAAUUUUCA